ACAAACUCCUCUCACAGUCUCGCCUGAGCGAGGGUCUUCUUCUCUUUGACUGCGAACUCUGUAAGGUAACUUCGAUGGCGGCUGUUCCUUCGUACCGCGACAUCACCGGGUCACGAUCCGGCGGGAAAAUUGUUCGAGCUAGGCGAGCUCGGAGUAGGAAGAAUCCUUACGAACGUCCUGGACUUUCGAAUUUGGGCGCUGGAGGAAACCCUAGUUGGAUAUCCAGGUUCAUUUUCUCGCCUACUCUAACCAUUGCUUCCGGCGCCGGAAAGUUGCUCUCUUCUGUCUUCGUUUCCGACUCCGACUCCUCCUCUUCGGACGGUGAUUCAGAGGAUGAUGUUGAAGUUGAUGAUCACGAUGAAAAUCAUUUCUUCCAGGGAGCUGAAGGGGUGAAGAAGAAUGGGACAUCGGAGACGGUUGAUUUAUUUAGGAAGGACUUUCCACCACAGAAGAAAGAUAGCAAACAUUUAAUUGAACAGCUACUGAUGCAGGAGACCUUCUCUAGCAGGGCAGAGCGUGACAAGUUAUUUCAGAUAAUUGAAUCAAGGGUUGUAGAAUUUCAAACCAUUGAUGCUGAGGCUGCAGGAAGGCUGACUGAAAUAUCAAACAGAGCAGUUGAUAGUGAUAAUGACAGGCCUGCAGUCUGCAGCACAGCAAUUCUUGAGGCAAAAAAAUGGUUGAAUGAAAAACGAUUGGGAUUGGGAUCUAGUUCGACAUCGGACAUGGAUCAUGGGCCAUGCACCUUGAAUUCCACGAUGUUGACAGUGGCUAACGACGAAGAAAUGGGUUCACCUGUGGAUGUAGCCAAAUCAUACAUGCGGGCACGUCCUCCAUGGGCCUCUCCUUCCUCGAAUAAUUUUGAGUUUAAAUCUCCUUCACCAUUAGGGUUACAGCUUUUCAAAGAAGAAACAUCAUAUUCAAUUACUGGAAAUCCACUGUCUUCAUCUAAGAUGAAAAGGGAAUCUCCUGCCAGUGGAUCUUGGAACAUCCAGGAGGAGAUACGACGCGUGCGGUCAAGAGCAACUGAGGAAAUGCUAAGAACUCUCCCAUCAGCCAAACUCGAUUGGUCUUCACUUACUUCAGACUACAAAAGUAACUUGAGUUCUGUACAUUCUGACAACCCGAAAAUUCAUAGUGAAGAUAAAAUGCAGCAUGCUGCGAAGUUAAUAGAUAAACCAUUGUAUUGGUCUGCAGACAAUACUGCCACUCAUAACUUAUCAGAGUCGAAGAUCACACAAGACGUGUCUGAAAAUGGAGCCUGCCUGCUCGAUACAACCACCAUUAUUGUGCAACAGGAUAAGGAUUUGCAAACCAAUCCUACAACUGAGAGGAAAGUAUCUAAUUCAAGUUUAGACGAGAGAGACUGCUCUACAGUACAUGAAGUUGCAGGACUGGCCAACGGUUUUUCUCCGGUACCCAGUUCUUCUGGGGAACUUGUCGUAGACAACAAAAUAGUUGAGGAAAAUAAUUCAUCAGGUCAUGACCAUGAGGCGAAAGGGCCGCCUGUGGAGGAGCGAUGCGAGCUAUUAAGUGAAGCAUCCAUGGAGGUUCCAAAUGUGGUUGAAUAUACCGAUAAAGUUCCAUCAGAAGGAAACGAUAUUGGCAAGAUCUUGCCAGAAGAAAAUGGUGCAACUGCUAGCAAGGAAAAAACUGAUGGUGGUAAAGUUAAUAACGUAGAGAAGCCAAGCUUACAGAGCAGUGCAUCAGUGGGCAAGAGCGGGGCAACGGCUUAUCUGCGACGAGGUAAACGAAGAAACUGAAGCGCAACGGCUUAUCUUCGACGAGGUAAACGAAGAAACUAAAGCGGAUAAAGGAGAACGAAUAUGAGGAGGUGAGAACGUAGUUUGUUUUGAUGAAUAUUUUUGAAGCAUAGCUGAAGGAAGGCUGUAUUGUUUGUAUCAUCAGUAGUUUGAUUAGUUGUACGGAGGAUGUACAGAGCUUAGAUAUCAUAGAAUCAGCUUUUGAAUAAGCAACACCAAAGCUUUGUGUAUUUAAAUUGUGAAAAAUUUGUGGGCUAAAAUUCAAAAUUUCUCCCCCUCUAUCUGGGCUUCUCUA